CAAAAAUAAGCAACAGAAAGCCUUGUUCUCUUAUUUAAUUUAAAUAUAUUCUAAAUGCCAAUUAUCGCGCACGGAUAAUCCAAUUAACAAAAUGGGUCUGGAGUUCUUCUUUAAGUUCGGCUAUGCGUUUCUAACCAUAACGCUCAUUAUCAUGAUAUGGAUGUCCUUAGCGCGUGCCUCGUUGUUCAGUCGCGAGAUGGAGGAGACUCGCUACCCGCCGUGCACAUACAAUGUGAUGUGCACAUGCUCCAAAUCCUCGACAGAUCUGGGCAUUGUGCAUUGCAAGAAUGUGCCAUUCCCUGCACUGCCGCGCAUGGUUAACCAGUCCAAGGUUUUCAUGCUGCACAUGGAAAACACGGGCCUGCGCGAGAUCGAGCCCUACUUUCUACAGUCGACGGGCAUGUAUCGACUUAAGAUAUCGGGCAAUCAUUUGACUGAAAUACCAGAUGAUGCCUUUACCGGCUUGGAGCGAUCCCUGUGGGAGCUCAUAUUGCCACAAAACGAUCUAGUUGAGAUACCCUCAAAGUCGUUGCGCCACCUGCAAAAGCUGAGAGUUCUGGAUCUAUCGCAAAAUCAUAUAACGACCAUUCACCACGAUUCGUUUCGUGGGUUGGAGGAAUCGCUGCAAACUUUGAUUCUGGGCGAGAAUUGCAUUUCCAUGCUCAUGUCGCACAGUUUUUCGGGUCUUCUCAAUCUGGAGACCUUGGAUUUGAGCGGCAAUAAUCUAUUUGAGAUUGAUCCGAAUGUCUUUGUGGAUGGCAUGCCUCGACUGACGCGUUUACUGCUUACGGACAAUAUACUGUCGGAGAUACCCUAUGAUGCUCUGGGCCCGCUGAAGAGCCUGCGUACCUUGGAUAUAUCACACAAUGUGAUUUGGUCACUGAGCGGAAAUGAGACCUACGACAUAAAGGCUAGCACCAAACUGAACCUGGACAAUCUGCACCUGGAGUAUAAUCACAUAGAAGUGCUGCCGCCGAACUCGUUCAAGUAUUUCGAUACAGUCAAUAGAACCUUCUUCGAUGGCAAUCCCAUACAUACGCUUAAGGACGAUGCCUUCAAGCCAGCUCGGAUACGUGAGAUUUACAUGCGCUAUUGUGGUCUGACCAAUAUCUCACCCAUGGCUUUCGAUAGUCUGGUGAACAGUUUACAGAUUUUAGAUCUGUCUGGCAACAAUUUAACCAAGCUGCAUCACAAGCUCUUCAACAAUUUCGAUGUCUUGAGGGUCAUUAGCAUGCGCGACAAUAAGAUCAAAAUCCCGAAGCCCACCGAAACGUUUAAUGCCAUGCACUAUACGCUGCUCAAGCUGGACCUGAGUGGAGAUCGCAAUGAUCCAACCAAUUUGCAAACGCUACGCAAUAUGACCAGAAUGCGGAACAUGCGCUCGCUGUCCAUUUCGCGCAUGGGCACUACCUCUGUGGGUCCGGAGGACUUCAAGGACUUUGGCGUCGAGCUCGAGGACUUGCAGAUAACACGGGCCAGCCUCUCGGGCAUUCAGUCGCAUGCCUUCAAGCACGUCCGUGGUCUGAAGCGAUUGGACUUCAGUGAGAAUGGAAUCUCCAGCAUUGAGAACGAUGCUUUCCAUGAGAUUGGACACUCUCUCAUUUCGCUAAAGAUGGCUCAUGGCUACUCCGGCAGUGCCCUGCCCGCCGAGCCUCUGCGCCAUUUGACCUCCCUGCAGGAGCUGGACUUUAGCAACAAUCACAUUAGCACCAUGAGCGACACGAGCUUCCAUUUUCUGAAGAACUUGCGUUUGCUGGAGCUGCACGACAAUCGCAUUGAGCAGGUGCUCAAGGGCACCUUCCAGGGCGACAUACACUCCAAGCUGGAGGAGAUCUCGCUGCGUUUCAAUCAUCUCACAUCCAUCUCGCAGCACACGUUCUUCGACCUGGAGGCGCUGCGUAAGCUGCAUCUGGAUGACAAUAAGAUUGACAAGGUGGAGCGACGCGCGUUUAUGAACCUGGACGAGCUGGAGUAUCUGAGUCUGCGCGGCAACAAGCUGAGCAAUUUGGCCGAUGAGUCCUUCCAAAAUCUGCCCAAGCUGGAGAUACUGGACAUGGCGUUCAACCAGCUGCCCAACUUUAACUUUGACUACUUCGACCAAGUGGGCACCUUGUCGAAUCUGAAUGUGAACGUCAGCCACAAUCAAAUCAAGCAGCUGAUGUACAACUCCUCCUGGAGUGGCCGCAAUGAGCAUGGUGGCAUGUAUCACUCGAAUAUCAAGAUAUUGGAUUUGUCGCACAACAACAUCUCCAUCAUAUUUCCUGGCUACUUCCGACCCGCCGAGAUCUCGCUGACCCAUCUGCAUUUGGGCUACAACUCGCUCAUGAACACCACCCGCGACGUCUUUGGUAACAUGCCGCAUCUGCAAUGGCUGGAUCUGAGCUACAAUUGGAUACACGAAUUGGAUUUUGAUGCCUUUAAGAAUACCAAACAGCUGCAGCUCGUCUACUUUGAUCACAACUACUUGACUGACAUACCCCAGGAUAUAUUCAAGCCCGUUCAUAGCCUGCGCAUUGUGGACUUUUCCCACAACAAGCUGCGUGGCUUGCCAGACAAUUUGUUCUACAACGGCGGCAUGGAAAAAUUGGAUGUCUCGCACAAUAUGCUACUGAAGAUACCAUCCUCCUCGUUGUCCAGCUUGGCUGCUUUGACUCUAUGCGAGCUGCAUUUGUCCAAUAAUUUUAUCUCUACCAUACACAGCAUGGAUUUGUCCAAUAAGUUUAGGUCUCUACGUUACUUGGACAUCUCCUACAACUAUUUGCUGCGCAUAGACGACGCGGUAUUUGCCACGAUGCCCAAGCUAGCUGUUCUGGAUCUCUCACACAAUCGUGAUCUUAAGGUUAUGGACAAAUCAUUCAUGGGUCUGGAAACAUCGUUGAUUAAGCUCGGCCUGGAGAAUGUAUCGCUAAGCACAGUGCCCGAAAUACGCCUGAAAUAUCUGCGCGAAUUCCGACUGGGCUACAAUGAGCUGCCCUCCAUUCCGCAAGAGCUGGCUAGUAAUAUGACCAAUCUACGCAUGCUGGAUCUGUCCAACAAUGACUUGACCAACGUGCCCCUGAUGACGCAAUCCCUGCCUCAUUUGCGUCGUCUGAUGCUGUCUGGCAAUCCCAUUACCUCGCUGAACAACAACAGCUUCGACGGCGUGAACGAGGACCUGGAAAUGCUGGAUAUAUCCAAUUUCCGUUUGCACUACUUCGAGUAUGGUUGCCUCGACUCGCUGCCCCAUCUGCGCUCGCUCAAGCUAACCGCCUACUCGCACCUCGAACACUUCAAUAUACCCCAUCUGCUGCGCCAUCAUCACAAUAUCCGUGAGCUCUGGAUUGAGGCCCCGCAGCCCUUUACACGCAUCGUUAAGAAGGGCUCAGGACCAACGCAGGAGAUGCAAACCCUGCAGCUGGGCAUGCCCACAGAUCUGCAGCGCGAAAUGGAGGGACAUCUGCCCUCCAAGCUGACCAACAUUACAUUCAGUGGACCCCAAUUCACAAAUCUCAAUGAGCACAUAUUGCGGGGCAUGCGUUCGCCUUACCUCUAUAUGCAGCUCUUUAAUACCUCGCUGCAAGCUCUGCCCCCGAACUUCUUUAAGCACAUGGGUCGCGUUCGAAAUAUAUCACUGGACAUACGCUAUCACAAUCGCAACUUGAAGAAAAUACCCAAUCCGAAUACGGGCGCCGUGCCUUAUCUGCCAAACAGCGUUUUCCUUACCGAUCUCAAGAUGUCGCAUACGGAUCUCAACUGCGAUUGCGAUUUGGGUUGGGUGGAGUUCUGGCAGCGCAAGCGUCGUCAAUAUAUUUGCUCUUCGCAGACCUGGACCGAUACGGUGUUCCGCACCUUUAUGAAUUCACCUUGCCAGGUGUACGGUAGACACAAUUGCGACGACCACGACGACGAUCUGCGCGAGACGCGAUGUGAUAAUAAAGGCGGACAGCAGCUACUUGAGGCUCUGAAGUUCGAUCUGGAGUGCGGCUGGGAUAAUGCCAAUUGUCGAGAAACUGCCUUGGUUAUAGUUGCCGUUUGCUUGGCAUUUGUGUUCUGGAUGUGACUUCUGUACUUUGCAUAUAAGACGUCCACCGACUUUUACAAUAUUCUAGAGAAGGUCUAUGGCAGACAAGUCAUUUAAGCUCUUGCCAACUGCAACAUCUAGAAUUUAAGCGUGAUGAGAGACUUUGUUUCAAUACCUUGUUUUUGUUUGUUCUGCUUUUCAAUCCUUUUUACCGAUCUUUAGAGUCCUUGGUAACGCCUUAUAUGUAGUAACCCACCACAUACUCCAGACACUCCAUACUCCAUAAACACCAUUUGCACUCUUCUACUCAUUUCAGUUUGUAGUAAUUAUUCUAUUAAGCACUUAUCUUAAUUUAUUUUCUAUAUAAUCCUACCAUAUUUAUAUCUAGAACUACUUAAGUUAAGUCACGUCGCUGCUUAAACAAUUUCAAUUGAAAGUCUGUAAAAUGUUUCAUAAACAUAAUAAAUAUUUACGAUAGGUUAA